AACGUGGAAAUUACGCGAGUGUGGCAAAUGCCAAGGAUUUAAUUUGGUUACAUGUUUUUGCGAAUUUUGUUUAAUAAUUAGAGACAGAAAUUUAAUUUCCUCCAGAAGUCUGCGGCCCAUUAACGCGCGCGUGUUUGCCUGAUUUGCCAGUGUGUUUGUGCGUGCGUGUGCCUGUGUGUGUAUUUGUUUGCCUGUGUGCGUGUGUGUGUGUGACUCGGAGAGUACUUAUUAUGUAAAGUGCUCGUCUUAUUGACAGUUGACAGUGGUUAGUUGCAAUGAUUUCCAUUCCGAUUGGCUUUGACCAACUGCCCAAAGUCCGGCAGCUUCAAUUUGCUAAUUAAUCUAGCCUGUCCGCACUUAAGUAUGCUCCACAGUUUUAACACACGCACACACACGUCGGGACGUGUAGCAACAUGUCUUUGGCAAUCGCAUUUUUCCCAGCACUUAGCGAGAGCGAAAAGAGCGCGAGUGGCAGCACGAGCACGAAUUUAUAAAUUUUAUUAUUUUGACUACUCCUCUCACCCUUGUCCUUUCCAAUCGCUCUUUUGCCCUUCGAAAUGUCAAAAUAUUGCAGACAAAAGUCUGCUCCGCACAACAUUGCCAGUCCAAAAUACGAAUUUCCCUCGUCAGUCACAUGUUUUCCAGCAGGCUGUCAAUAGGGAGAGAAAAUUCUAUGAAGUGUAUGGUUACAUUGAUUACAUUUUUUAAUUUUUCACCAUGGAGUCUUAGAAAGCAAUUAAAAUAUGCUUAGCAAAAUUGUAUAGUUGUAAAUAAUUUUAUAUUUUCCAAGCACACUAUGGACAUUGCCAGGCUCAAAUCGAAAGGCAAUUCAAAUGGACCGCCACUUGUCGCGUUCCUCACAUGCGCCACUUUCUCUCUCUGUUUAAUAUUUCUCUUUUUCUGUUGGCUCUCUCGGCAGUUAACAUAACUUCUGUUAACUUGAGCAGCUUAACACGUUUACCCCUGCUAUCAUAUACAAUUAAAAAGGACAAGAAAUAACUUAAUGUCAUUUAAGUAUUCGAUUUAUUUGUAAUCCUGCUAAAUGUGCACUUCCUAAUGAUUUUCGAAUUCUAUGGAAUGUUGUAUUUUAUGUAUGGUUUUUUGUUGUAUAGCUGAGCAUAAAGAUAAGAAAAUGGCUUAAUUAAAAAAGUAUGUGUCUAAAGAAGACAGAAAGUUAUUGAUAAUAUGAUCAAUAUUUUGAAUUUGGCAAAAGAUUUAAUUCCAGAGAGUCGCAAUAGACAUAUAAAAGAAUACACGCAGAUGAAGGACACAGAUGACAGUUGUUAUGGUAGUUAAGGGUUAACUUUAACAUGACACCAACAUAGCCGCUGUUUCAUCCCGCUGCUGAGUUAACAGCGCGUUAACGGGGGACUGCCUCUCUAUUUUCCGCUCCUGCGGCCGUCUCUUUCGCACCGCUCAGUUGCUUGGUGGACGCGUGCUCGUGCUGUUUGGCUUAGUUUUUAGUUCUUAUUCGAACGCGCUGCCAACGAGUCACAAGUUCGCAAGGCGUACGCAGGGAUUGGAUUUCCCACUCCCAGUCACAUACUUUUUUUUCAGUGUUUUGUGCGCGUGUGUGUGAGUGUGUGGAAACAGAAGGAGGAGCAGGAGCAACAUAACACAAACACACGCUCAAUGCUCAAUAUACAUAGUACUCUAUUUGCAUGUGAAGUGAACUGCUUACAGCUGUUCGAUUGCAGCUCUGCGCGAUCUCCGUUUCCGGUUUUGAGUUGUCCUUUUGAACAGUUAAUUGUUAACCGUUACCGUUAACCGAUUUGCCGUCCUGGGUGACUGUCUAUGUGUGUGAGUGUGUUUAUUUUGUCUUCUUUGGUUAAUUUCCUGUGUAGUUUAUUUUUUUGUUUCGGCUGUUUCGCCUGUUCAACUAGGCAAGUGGUAUAGCUCUCUCGCUCUGAGUCAGCAGCGCCUGUCAAGCGGAGGGUUGUUUUUUUUUCCUGCCGCUCCCCUUCCCGCCGCCAAAAACUUCACUUCAACCACUUGCCGUCGCCGUCGACGUCAUCGCAGCCAUACAACAAACCACCGAGACACCACCCCCCAUCCCAACCCAGUGUCAUUGGCACUCGCUUUUAGUUAUUCCUUUCGCCUUUGAGUUUUUGAGUUGUGCUUUGUCUGCAAGAGAAAGCCAAAAAGAACAAGGACAAGCAAGACAUGGCGAAUCAGUUAACAAUUUUAUGUUGCUCAAUUAUUAGGCAUUCCGAAAAAUAACAAUACUGAAUAGCAAGAACAAAGACAAUAAGUGAACUGAGAAAACGAGAACUGCGAACCGCUGAAAAACGUUGCACCCACCACCGCCUCACCGCUCGCCCGGUAGUUUAAAGCUAAUGCCACCGCCCACCACCACUAGAACUCUUCCACCACAACCACUAUUGCCACCACCACCACCAUCACGACCAUCACCACCAAGAACCAAGAACCACAACCACCAACUUCCAGCCUCGACCUGAACCACUUCGCAAUAAACAAAACCAAGAACCAAAAAAAAAAGAAAGAAAGGCAGAGUCCAGAUUCAAAGUCCACUUGUCCAAAAUGUCGUCAGUCGAAAAAUGUGAGCUUCACCAAAUGCAUUACUAGAUGUUCGUUCCCGUAAUAUGUGCAUAUAGCAUCCCCCUAGAACCUCUAGCGUAGCUCCUCAAAGAACCAAAAGUCGUAGCGCCCAUUCUCUAUCCAACCCAACAAACUAACCACUCCCCGAUUUGUCUUGCCAUGUUUGCCACUUUAGAUCUAGACUCUUGACAACAAAUAAAUAAACCACAUUCCACCUUUAUUCUGUUAUUUUCCAUAUAUCUUUAAAUACUAUAACUAAACCUAUAACUAUUACUAUACUAUCGGUCUGCCUCUCUCUCUGUCUUUCUCGUUCUGUCUAGUUAACAUGCCUUGAACUUUCACCCACUCUGUUAACUUCUCCUGCCAAACAAAACAAAAACUUUCCUCCUUAACUCUUUGGAAAUUGGGAUGGGAAGACCGACUGAGAAAAACAUCUGAAAAGUGAUGUUCUCAAGAUGGUUCCUGUGCGAUGGCACUCGAAAAACUUCCGUUGAUUGGCCUGAGUCCCGACUGUAAAUAAGAUCCCAUUCCACGACUUUCUUCACACACUUUCGAUUUGCCUGCUUCUUAGCCAACCUGCAUGCCCCGAGAAAUCAUCAUCUACUGGUUAUCGAUUUAUCAUUUGAGAAUGCCACACAGAACCACACACAAAAGACGAUGAUUAUUGGGUCGAUCGGUGGAUCAGCCAUCGCAGAAAUUACAAGCCACACACACUAUAUUGUACGUUAGCCCCGUAAAGUUACGUAUUUUCCGUUUCGUUCCUCGUUUCUCGUAGUUUCCCAGUUCGUUUGAUGCGUUCCUUCCUUCGUUCGUUCGUUCGUUCGUUGUGUUUGCCAAGUUCGAUUUUGUUGUACUCGAAUUCUCCAACUGGCCAAGAACCAGGUUCGGACCUCAGAAUUCGGAAUUGGCAAGCCAGAAGCCAAAAACUGAACAGUAACAACAGCUAACAGACAAACAAACAACCAGCAGUUUAAAUCAAAACCUUAACCCAAUCUUAAUAUAUUCAUUCAAACCUAAAGUGUGUCUAAUCACAAAUUCUUAAUGUAAAAUUCUCUUUAAACCAAAUAAUCCAAACACGAAUCACACAAACCAAAAACCAAAAUCUAAUACAAAUAAUCGAAUCGAAAUCGCAGACCCAGGCAAAACUCCCAUUGACCACCAAGCAUAUGAGCUUGUGGCUAAAGGUGUCUCCGGCAUCGACUUGUUUCAUGUUGUAACUCGAGGACUUUCGUUUAUUGGCAACAAUAAUGGUCAGCACAACAUUGACAACACUGACUGCUGGACAAACAACUAGUAGCAGUAAUCACCAUCACCACCACCACAAUCACCACCAGCAGCAGCAGCAGCAGCAGGAUCAGGCGCAGCAGCAGCAGCAGUCGCAUCAACAGUUGCCCUACCAGCGACUGCAACCACACGCCGCAGCAGCAUCAGCGGUCAGCCAGCAACGCGGCUUCUACGCUCUGAACGGCAGCCUUGAGAUAGACUGCGACAGCAGCAACAGCAACUACCAGCAGCAGCAGCAGCAGCAACAGCAACCGCCGCUGAUUCUGUCGCAGGCUCUGCUCUCGCCUUCGCCGCCGCUCAACGAUCAGAUCAGCUUGCUAUUCCCCAAGUGCCGACCCAAGCAGCAGCCGCAGCAGCAACAUCAGGCGACACAGCAGCAACAUGCACUCCUGGCGGACGUGAAUACCAACAGCAACAGCAACAGCAGCAGCAGCAGCAGUCCCACAUCGGCAGCAGUUGCUGGGGAGCCGCUGGCCAGCGUCAGCGUUAGUCCGCAGCCCAAGGCCACGCCCACACCAACGCCCACCAGCACGUCCAGCUACUACAAGAGUGUGAACAUUAUAACGCAAUCGCCGCCACCGCACUCGGCCUCCUCGCACUCCUCCGAAUCGCUGUCCUCGGUGACGCCGCGCAUUUCCACAAAUCCCUUCCUGUGCGCCCCGCUCACGCCGCCCACACCGCCGCACCACCACCACCAGCAACAGCAGCAGCAGCAGCAGCAACACCACCACCAGCAGCAGCAACAGGACCUGGAGGAGGAGCAGGACACGACGGGCGAGUCAGCUGUGGAGCGGAGCAGGAGCGGAGCGGUCGGCGAGGAGCCCGACUAUCCCGCCUCCUUUUACUAUCACACGGUGGGCGACAGUAGGCGUGGCAACGGCUGCUACGCUGAAAUGCCGCGUAAACGUAGCGGUGCGUUGCCCGCCAGCAACAGGCAGCAACAACAACUGCACAACGGCAAUGGCAGUCAGAAUCCGUUUAUCAAGGAGAACUACUGGGAGGCGCCGCCCACAAGAGCCAGCCUGCUGCUCCAUUCGCCCACAGAGUAUGCCGAGGAGCAGCAGCAACAGCAACAACAUCAGCAGCAACCGCAACAGCAUCAACAGCAACAACAACAGCAACAUCAUCAGCAGCAGCAACAUCUGCAUGCCUCAGCCAGACGAGCUUACCACCAGCAGCGGGAACAGGUGUACGGCAUCAGUCAACGACCGCAGCAGCAGCAGCAACAGCAACACAUAUUGCGGGUGGGACGUAGUCCGGUAAAUCGCAGCUUUCCCCAGCAGCAACAGCAACAACAGCAACAGCAGCAGCAGCAACAGAUUUCAGUCGCCAGGAGCAAUCCCUGCGCCGAUGGGCUGACUCCGCUGGCCAGUCACUACCUUUAUGGCAGCAAGUCCUCGCUGGAUCAGCAUCCUGGCGACUGGGAGCCGCGGGAGCAGCGCAAAUUGAGGCUGCGCGAGGAGCGGGAAAGGGAGAGAGAAAGAGAAAGGGAGAGGGAGCGCGAACGAGAGCACCUGUUGCUGGAGCAGCAGCAGCAGUUGCAACUGCAGGAGGUGCAGGCGGCCAGGGACAACCACCUCAGCCAUUUGGCGGGUCAGCAGCAGCAACAGCAGCAGCGCAAGCGACUUGUUUACGGCGAGGAGCGGGAUCGGGAGCGGGAAAUGGAGCGCGAUCAUCGCCUGGUUAAUGGAAACGCGGAUCCCAACGAGAGCUGGCAGCAUCUGCGCGUCACGACCGAAACUGUGGCGGAGGAGGGUGGCAAGCCCGGCAAGCCGACGGAUAAGGAUAAGGCCCAACACCAGCAGAUGCAGAUGCAGAUGCAGAUGCAGAAUCUGAACCAGGGCCAGAACCUGGAGGUCAACGUCUACAGGGAGCACAAGCUGGACGCCUGGAAGCUCGAGCGCAACUACACGCUGGCCGUGGAGUCGCGCCACGGCAUCAUUGAGUACGAAGGUUCACCCCGACGCAUCGGCGUUGCCACCAGCAAUUUGGGGGCAGUGACGGCCGCAGCAGCAGUGGCAGCAACAGCAACAGCAGGAGCGGACGAAAGCGAACCACCAGCAACGGCAGACGUAGCAGCAACACCACAACAGCAGCAGCAGCAGUUGCCCAUGGCCGCCGUUCCACCGCUGAGCUCCACGGCCACCUCGCUGCAAAAGACGGCGGCACGGGCGGCACUCGCCGCCCUCGCCCAGACCCAUCCCCACAACUCCCACAACAUACUCAGCUCCCUGAUACCCCACACCCCCAUACCCAACCCCAGUCCCAACCCACUGAAUCCCGGCCAGAUCCACUCGCAGGCGCAGCAGUCCUUGCAGAACUAUCCCGUUCGUCCGGGCUUUCCACAGCGCAUCAUUUCGCCGCCCAAUCGUGAGCCCUGCAGCAGCUCCCCUCCUCUGCAGCAGCAGCAACUGCAGCAGCAACAUCAGCAACUGCAGCAACUACAACAGCAGCAGCAGCAGCAACAACACUUUGCCAGUCUGAUGAGCAACCACAGCAACAACAACUCCAACACCAACAAACAACCGCUGAGCAGCGACAACAAUGCGGAGGACACCAGCAACGAUGUGUCCGAGAUUGGCACCAUAUCCGACCUGACCACUCCGGAGGCAGUGGGUCUGGCCAUUGGAGCCGCCGGCGAGGUUUCCAGCCGUGCGGCCACGCCCCUCCAAGCCCCGACAGCCGCGUCCACGGCACUAGCACCACCGAUAGCACCACUAGCAUCAGCAGCAGCAGCAGCGGCAGCGGGCAGCACUGCCAAUGGAAUCGGAAUCGGAACAGGAACCGGAACCGGAACAGGAUCAGGAAAUGGAACAGCAGCGGGCACCGGACUAGGUCCACUGAGCCUGCACACGAAAUCGUCGACCUUCGAUUACCUCUACGAGUUCUCGGAGACGCGCAAGGUGCUCGAGGAGUUCUUCAAGUGCCCCUCCACCGACGAACAGCCCAUCAUGGAAAACGGCAGCGAUGUGGACAGCAUUGACAUCCAGUACGAGUUCCACAGCAACUUCGAGCGCGACGAUGAGGAUUUGGCCGAGGAUGAGGAGGCGGAGGACGACGAGGACGAUGCCGACGAGGAGAACGACGAGGCCGAGGAUGAGGACGAGCCGUUGGAUCAGGAUCGCGAGCAGAACUACCGCCAGCAGGCGGCUCCCACCUCCGGCCACGCCCCCGAGCGCCACGUUUACGGGGGCUACGGCCAGCAGUCGCACCCUCAGCUGACCGCCCAGCCGCUGGGCGUGGCCGUGGGCGUCGGUGUCGGCAUGGGCGUGGCCCGGCGACACUACAGCGGCAGUCCGCUGAUGCGGGACUUCGACUUCUUCCUGGACUCCACCAGCCGGAGCAGCGGCGAGCGGGACGGCGACCAGGACGGGCUCAAUCACAACCAGCUGCUGAGCACGGGUAGCGGCCAUGGUGGGGGGGGGCGGGGGCGUGGGCCCGGGGGCGGACACAACUACCGCUACUCGCCGGAGACCACCGACUACGACUCCAACUGUGGCGAUCUCGACAGUCUGUCGGGUGAGAUGAACGGCGGAGUGUCGACCUCCUGCUCGAACUAUGCCAAGUACUAUGCCUCGGCCAUGCCGGUCCUGGAGGAUGGCCUCUCCUCGGGUCACACCAGCGACACCGAGAACAACAACAACAAGAACCUGCAGCAGGCGGUGGUGGGUGGUGGCCUGGGGGCCACCCAAGGUCAGUGCCCCACCAGCCUGAGCGGCAGCAACAGUAUCGGCGGCAGCGGCGGCAUCUCCAUGCUGAUGGACAUGAAGCGCAUCUCGACGAACAACAGCCUGAACAGCAUGCACAACCUGACCACCACGACCUCCACCACGGAUAGCAAUGGGGGCGUGGCUGUGGGCGUGGGCGUGGGCGUAGUGGGUCACCACCUGACCGCCACGCCCAGUCCCAGCAAUGGGCAACCGAAGACGCCGGGUCAGCCGAAGACACUGUCACUGGACCAGAGUCCCAGCAACCACAGCAAAGUGUUCAAGAACAUCGAUCCGGAGUUGGAUUCGCUCUACUCGAUUGGUGUUUUCCACCGCCCGGACACGGUGCAGAUGACGCCACCGCCGCCCGCUCCGGCGCCGCAUCGCAAGCCCAACAACAAUGCCGCCAAUGGCAGCAAUGGCAACGCGUGCGGCGGCAACAACGACGUGGAUCUGCUGCAGCCGAGCAGCAAGCACACUCCAUUGGCGGCGGCCAUCAGUUCCACGCUGCAGCGCAGUUCCCCCACCGCGACGGUCACCGGAAAUGGAUGCGGAAACGGAAGCGGCAACGGAAACGGCAGUGGCAAGCCAAGGAGCGCCGGCAGCAACGGCAGCAGCAGCGGCAACGGAGGGGGCGUGCCACCGCCCAUUCCGGAGAGGACCAACCUCGUAUCGGCCACACAGCGAUCGCCAUCGCCGGACCUGAACUCACCCGUUUGGCUGUCCCGCCAUUUGGAUGGCGGCGCUGGCAAGGAUCUCCUCGAAUCCGGCUCCGAUAACCACUCAAAGAACCACAGCGGCGACGAGGAGGAUGUGGACACCGAUCUGGAGACGGACCGCCUGCUGGGCCACCAGCGGCUGGACGACCAGGGCUACUACGAUGAGAACAAGAGCUGGGACCGCAAGCCGCGCUCGCUGCUCUCGAAGAUCUCGCCCAAGCAGCAAAUCCCGAGCACCAAGACGCGCAACGGCUACAAUGCCCUGCUCAGCUCCACGCCGGAGCUGCCGCCCCCGAUUCCGCCCAAGGGUGGCCAAUCCGGCGGACUGGGUGGCCUGGGCCUCACCCUGGGCUCCGGGAACGGGGGCAAGCUGCUGGACCUGGUGGGCGGCAUGGUGCAGCGCAGCUUGUCGCGCAGUUCGUCGGAGCACAGUGAGAAAUCGCCGAGUAAACUGGCUGUUUCUGGCGGAGAUUUGUGUGCCGGCACCGUGGAUGUGGUGGCCUCAGCCGUGGCAGCCACCUCGGCAGUGGUGGCCAGCGUCACGCCCGCGAUGGGAAGUCCCGGCAACGGUGGCGGAUCCGAGAGAUCCGCGGGCGGCAACAAUUCCGGUGGCGCCGGGGGAAUCAAGCUGGUCGAGCCGGAGUCGGGAGCCCUCAAUGGCGGAACCAUUGUGCCAGUGGGCACAGGAUCGGGAUCGGGAUCUGGACCGGGAUCUGGAUCGGGAUCGGGAUCGGGUGGCAAUGGCACCGUGGUGGCCAACAACAGCAGCGCCAACAACAACGUCGGCAACAGCAACAACAGCAACAGCGGCAGCAACAGCAACAGUGGCGAGAAAAAAGUGAAAAAGAGCGGUGCAGUGCUCAUCGAGGGCGUACUCUUCAGGGCCAAGUACUUGGGCUCCACGCAGCUGGUCUGCGAGGGUCAGCCCACGAAGUCGACGCGGAUGAUGCAGGCCGAGGAAGCCGUUUCCAGGAUCAAGGCGCUGGCCCCCGAUGGCGAUGUGCAGCCCAGCACGGAGGUGGAUCUGUUCAUUUCGACGGAGAAGAUCAUGGUUCUGAACACGGACCUCAAGGAGAUCAUGAUGGACCACGCCCUGCGCACCAUCUCCUAUAUCGCCGACAUCGGCGAUCUGGUGGUCCUAAUGGCCCGACGUCGCUUCGUUCCCCAGGACAUCGAUGAUGCCCCCAAGCCGAAUCGCACCCCGAAGAUGAUAUGCCAUGUGUUCGAGAGCGAUGAGGCGCAAUUUAUUGCCCAAUCGAUUGGCCAGGCCUUCCAGGUGGCCUACAUGGAGUUCCUCAAGGCCAAUGGCAUCGAGGACCAUCGGUUCGUCAAGGAGAUGGACUACCAGGAGGUGCUCAACAGCCAGGAGAUCUUCGGCGACGAGCUGGAGAUCUUCGCCAAGAAGGAGCUGCAAAAGGAGGUGGUGGUGCCGAAGGCCAAGGGCGAGAUCCUGGGCGUGGUGAUCGUGGAGAGCGGCUGGGGAUCCAUGCUGCCCACCGUGGUGAUUGCCAACCUCAUGAGUUCCGGGGCUGCCGCGCGAUGCGGCCAGCUCAAUAUCGGCGACCAGCUGAUAGCCAUCAACGGACUGAGCCUCGUGGGCCUGCCACUGUCCACCUGCCAGACGUACAUCAAGAACACCAAGAACCAGACGGUGGUCAAGUUCACCGUGGUGCCCUGCGCCCCCGUCGUCGAGGUGAAGAUCAAGCGGCCGGAGACCAAGUACCAGCUCGGAUUCAGCGUCCAGAACGGAGUGAUCUGCAGCCUGCUGCGUGGCGGCAUUGCGGAGCGGGGUGGUGUUCGUGUGGGCCAUCGCAUCAUCGAGAUAAACAACCAGAGUGUGGUGGCUGUGCCCCACGAGAAGAUCGUUAACUUGCUGGCCACAUCCGUGGGAGAGAUACUCAUGAAGACGAUGCCCACUUCCAUGUUCCGCCUGCUCACUGGUCAGGAAAAUCCCAUAUAUAUUUAAGCCUGCGGGAGGAUAAUAAACGGCGAUUAAUUGUUAACUAUAAAAAACCUUACAAGGAUAUUACGAUAUUUAGUAUAUAUAUAUACCUUUACAUAUAGAGAAAAAAGAGAGAGAGAGAGAGAGAGAGAAGGGGAGUAAAUAUAUAUAUGUAUAUGCGUGUGUACCUAUAUAUAUAUAUAUAUACAUACUUAACAUAUAUUACACACGGGUGUAUCGAUUUUUUUUUGUGAGUAAACUAGACAAAGUUCGAUCGGAGGCGAGUUAAGAGCAGCUACUACGACAAAUAAGAGGAAGCGAUAACUAACAUGGCACGCCUUUUUGCAAAGCUUAGUAAUAAUAGUUAAUAAUGUGUGUGAGAUCGGGCCAUCGGCCAGGACAUACAUACAUAUAUAUAAAAUAUAUAUAUAUAUAUACAUGAACACAAUGACCUUUUUGCGAAAACGUCCUUAGCUUAGUUGAACGGCGACAUUAGUCAGAGAAUACUGCAGCUAGUUACGCCCCCAUAUAUUUGCUUAUCCAAACUUAUUGUAAAAACCAAAUGAAAACAAACACCAUAGCACAAGGCAGCAACUCAAGACCCAAACGGGAUUCGAAUACAGACAGGAGACAGGCAGCUCUUUUGAUAUAGUAUAUAUAAUCUACACACACUAUAUAGCACCACCUCGAUAUAUUUAUAUAACAAAAUACAGAGGGCGGAUGAAUAGAAAGCUUAGGCCAGAUAGGAAAUGGAAACGGAAACGGAAAUGGAAAUGGGAUUGUUUAUUGUAACUGCAGCGUUUCGUUUUCUACUCGCACCCAUAGCCGAGAAUUUUGAUAGUUAUUUAACGGAUAUAGCCAGAUCGUAAUGUAUGCAUCGUGUAAAUUAAGGAGCGCUUCACAACUACAUACAAAUACAUACAUACCCCCAUAGAGGAUUUAGUUUAGCAGACUAACACUCACACUCACACUUACACUCACUUAGACGCUUCGUUUUCAACCAUCUUCGUCCAAAAAUUGUGCUACUACUCGUUAACAAGUUGAUAGAUAUAGAGAGGGAAUAGAAAAGGAUAACCGAAGGGAAAAGAAAGAGAGGAAAGACCGGCGGGGAAGAGAGGAACAGAGUUAGACGACCCACGUUAUAAGCCAUAAGGUAGAGGGAUUUAAAUGGAGUCGGACUAGAAACAGGCAAGCUUGCAACAACGUAUGUAUGUACAUCUAGGAUCGCAUUAUAGAGUUAUAACUGUAGACCAGACUCGAACAGAUAGAGACGGCAACAGGAACAGAAUUAGAGAUAGACAGAGAGGGAGAAUUGCAUUUCUUUGAGUGUAUAUGUAUGUGUAAAAUACUCGCUAUUUGUCCCAAAAAACGCAAUCCACAAGCAACCGGCAUUCAGCAGUCACUAAGAUGAACUAUUAUUAACUACGAGUACGAUUUAAUUAUUUAAUGACAACGGGGCAUUUGCUUGAUGUUUGUGAAUUGAACGACUUUUUGGACGCAUUUCCGCUGCUUGGCACGGGCCACGCCCACGCCCACCAAAAACCAAAACAAAAUUACCAAAAACAUAAAACAAAACUGCUUCUGCAAACCAAAGAGAUGAAUGAAAAGCGAAACAAAUGCAUACAACAACUAAUAAUUAAUGAAUUGUUUUUUUUUUUUUGGUGUACAUUAUUUAUAUGGAAUGUGAAAUUGCAUAACAAAUUUAAUGAAUAUAUUGAGUAUUUAUUAAAACGGGCUAAUUGCAUAGAAAUUAUAUAGGAACGAUCAUACCAAUGAUUAUUUGUAAAGGCAAAUUAAACCCAAAACCGAAAACAGAAUGAAUAAAUAAAAGAAUAUAUAAUCACAUGCGUAAACAGAAGUAUAAAACCAAAAAUUGAGCAUAAUAAACAUAAAAUGGA